AUGAUCCAGGCUGUUGAAACCUGUUUGGAUGAGUUGUCCUCACGCUGGGAUUCUGUCUUCGCUGGGGGCAUGUGCUCCGCCCCUCCCAUCCUCCUCCCGGAUGCCCCGCCCCCAACGACCACGCCCUCCGAGGCCCCGCCCCCGCGCCGCAGCGACAAGAUGGCGGCGGGCGGCAGCGGGCGCGCGUCUUGCCCGCCGGGGGUCGGCAACGCUGCCGCCUGUGCCCCGGGGCCUCCGCCGCCCCCGUCCCCGCCGCCUGGGCCCGGGACCGACGCGCAGGCCGUGGGCGACGAGCGCGACGACGCGGGCCCGGGCGCGCUGCUGCGCGAGCCCGUGUACAACUGGCAGGCCACCAAGCCCACGGUGCAGGAGCGCUUCGCCUUCCUCUUCAACAACGAGGUGCUGUGCGACGUGCACUUCCUGGUGGGCAAGGGGCUCAGCUCGCAGCGCGUCCCCGCGCACAGGUUUGUGCUAGCUGUGGGCAGCGCUGUCUUCGAUGCCAUGUUCAAUGGCGGCAUGGCUACCACGUCCACUGAGAUUGAGCUGCCUGACGUGGAGCCUGCGGCCUUCCUGGCGCUUCUCAAGUUCCUGUACUCAGAUGAAGUGCAGAUCGGGCCCGAGACAGUGAUGACCACACUGUACACAGCCAAGAAGUACGCGGUGCCUGCGCUGGAGGCGCACUGUGUGGAGUUCCUGAAGAAGCACCUGCGGGCUGACAACGCCUUCAUGCUGCUCACACAGGCGCGGCUCUUUGAUGAGCCCCAGCUGGCCAGUCUGUGCCUGGAGAGCAUAGAUAAGAACACGGCCGACGCCAUUGCCGCCGAGGGCUUCACCGACAUCGACCUGGACACACUGGUGGCAGUGCUGGAGCGGGACACCCUGGGCAUUCGUGAGGUUCGUCUCUUCAGUGCAGUCGUGCGCUGGUCGGAGGCUGAGUGCCAACGGCAGCAGCUUCAGGCAACACCUGAGAACAAGAGGAAGGUGCUGGGCAAGGCCCUGGGGCUCGUCCGCUUCCCCCUGAUGACCAUUGAGGAGUUUGCCGCAGGCCCGGCACAGUCCGGCAUCCUGGUGGACCGGGAGGUGGUCAGCCUCUUCCUACAUUUUACUGUCAACCCCAAGCCACGUGUGGAGUUCAUUGACCGGCCCCGGUGCUGCCUGCGGGGCAAGGAGUGUAGCAUUAACCGGUUCCAGCAGGUGGAGAGCCGCUGGGGCUACAGUGGAACCAGUGACCGCAUCAGGUUCUCGGUCAGCAAGCGCGUCUUCGUGGUGGGCUUUGGGCUCUACGGAUCCAUCCACGGCCCUACUGACUACCAAGUGAACAUCCAGAUCAUCCAUACGGACAGCAACACGGUCCUUGGACAGAACGACACAGGCUUCAGCUGCGACGGUUCUGCCAGCACCUUCCGUGUUAUGUUCAAGGAGCCCGUGGAGGUCUUGCCCAAUGUGAACUACACUGCCUGUGCCACGCUGAAGGGCCCGGACUCGCACUAUGGCACCAAAGGUCUACGCAAGGUGACCCAUGAGUCCCCGACCACAGGGGCUAAGGCCUGCUUCACCUUCUGUUACGCAGCUGGGAACAACAACGGCACGUCUGUGGAGGACGGGCAGAUUCCCGAAGUCAUCUUCUACACCUAGGCCAUCCACCCAGGUCACCGCCAGCCACAGGGCUGCCUCCCUCCCCACCACCUCCCACAUCAUCAUGGAAGGGGCUGCCUGUGUCCACUGUGACAAGUGUGACCGCCUGUCCCACGGCACUGGAGAGGUGGUUAGGCCACGGGCUGGGCCCUGUCAAGACAGUCCCUCAGUCUUGGGGGCAGAGUGCCUGGCCUUGGAUGGACAGCUCUCAGUCCCUGAAGCCCAGGGCAACAGGCCAGCUCCGAGCCGGGUGCUGUCCAGCCCCUCCGUUCUCUGCAACUGCACAUGCUAUGCACUCGAGCCCACACUCGGCUGGAGCCGCAUCGGGUCUCUCCUCCAGCCAGCCGUCUGGGUUCCUUGUCCCUUCCCGGCUCUGCUGCUCUAUGGGGCGUCCCAGGUCUGACCUGCGUGCUCUGUUGGCUCCUGAAGCCCUGGCCUUCUGGGCAUGUAUACAGAGUCUCUGGGGGCUCUGCCCCAGGGUGUGUGACAUGUGGGCCACGGUCCCUACUUCUAGCAGCAGCAGUGCCUGGCCAGCACUGUCUAUCCAUCUGAAGCAGACAGGCUCUCACUGGUGUGUAUGGCACAGCUCAGCCGUGAGCCCACAGGGCCCGAGCCGUGGGUCAGACCUAUUGAGAAGCACUGGGCCUGCCAGCCUCAUGUGGAACCCAGGGGACCACAGAACACCCUCUGACAGGCCACCUCACACCCACCCAGUGAUGUUCCAAAAGGCGCAGUCUCCAGUUUGGGGUGUCACUUCCUCAUGUCUCUGUACCAGUGGCCUCCUGCCCAGAACCCUCGCCAUCCCAAAGCCAUGGGAGGUGUGCCCUCCACACUGUAUCCCCAAAUGAGUUUUUUUUUUUUUUUUAAAUAAAAACAUCUGCCUUGAA